AUGGGGUCUUCAAAUGUUAGAGACAUUUUAACUUCCUUCAGUCCAUCUAUGGACUUCUUUGCUAUCAGCCCCGGUGAUGGUCGAAUAAAGAUAUGGGACACCGUGCAGGGUAGGGUCCAAACAGAGUUUUCUGAUGUUACUUCAAACGAAAGUACAGGUAUAUUUGGACAGGGAGGAGGACACCUUUCAAUGGAUUAUACAUGUAUGAAGUGGUUGUCAGUGGACAAAAAGAAAAAAAGGAAGCUUGGAACUUCUCUAUUGGUGUUGGGAACGGGUGGUGGCGAUGUUCUGGCAUUGGAUGUAUUUGCUGGUCAGUUGAAAUGGAGGGUUAAUGAUUGUCAUCCCGGGGGCGUUAGCGCAAUUUCAUUUCCUACUCAUGGUCCACGCAUUUACACUGCUGGUGCUGAUGGAAUGGUUUGUGAACUCGAUUCAAUGUCAGGAAACUUAUUGCGAAAGUUCAGUGCUUCUUCUAGCAAAGCAGUAUCUUCUAUUUCCGUUUCACCAGAUGGAAAAUGGAUAGCAACUGCAGCGGCCCAAUUAAAGAUUUUCAACGCCUCAAAUCACAAGAAAGUGCAGAAGUUUUCAGGCCAUCCUGGGGCUGUUAGAUGUAUGAUUUUCUCUGAAGAUGGGAGAUAUGUGCUUUCUUCUUCUGUGGGUGAAAGAUAUGUUGCAGUCUGGAAAAUUGACGGUAGCAAAACCAAAUCAGCAUGUGCAUUUAUUACAAUGGAUCACCCUGCUAUCUUCUUGGAUAGCAGGUGCAUUAGUAGCAGUGAUCCAGAUGAUGAGGGUCUAUGUAUUUUGGGUAUAUCAGAAAUGGGUGUGUGUUAUUUUUGGCAUGGAAAGACAAUUGAUGAAGUACGCAAUUCCAAACCCACAAAGAUCAGCAUAUCUGAUGAUGAUGGAGUUUUAAAGAAACACAAGAGACCAAUUCCUAAUGUAUUUGCUGCAAAGCUACAAACGGUUUCUGAGCCUGCUUGUGGUCAUGUGUUUCUUGCCUAUGGUUUCCUAAUAAAACCAUCAUUUGAGAAAGUUCUGGUGCACUCUGGAACAGACUUAAAGUUAAAUAGUUCAGAUGAUGGAAUCCUUCUCAAAAGGCAGAAUCAAGUUACUGCUCUGGAUCGUGCAAAUGCUGAGGGUGCAUUGCUUCCUAAGCCCAAAGUUUUGGAGUUGAUGGAUGGAAAGAAUGGAGCUAAUUCUGUGGCAAAUAAAGAUAAAAUAGAUGUUGAUACUGGAACACUAUGCAUGGAGGACAAGCUGAGAUCUUUAGGGAUACUUGGUAAUAUCGAUUCCACGCUUAGCUCAAUAUUGGAUUCAAAAAUGUUGAAGGGUAUUGAUCUUGAAGCUAUUGUGCCGUUAAAAAAGGUAAAGGCAGCAAUCUUAUCCAUGGAACCUGAUGAUGCUUUCAACUUGCUAAAAAUCUUGGUGGAUGUCUGGCUAUCCAGAUCUCGCAGUGGGAAGCUCAUUCUUCCAUGGAUACGCUGUAUAUUGGUGUAUCACGGCAAUUAUGUUAAAUCUCAGGAACCAAAACUUCUAGAUUCCUUGUACGAGCUUACCAACUCAAAAGGUGUAGCCAUGAACUCUUUAUUCCAGUUGUCUGGUCGUCUGCAACUUGUAUCAGCGCAGAUUGACAAGGCAACAAAUUAUAAAAAUCACGUCAUGGAACAUAAUGAGCAGAUGGAAGAAAAUGAAGUUGAAGAUGUUGACGAAGUUUUUUAUGACGUUGAUGAAGAUUCUCAAACUAGUAGUGGCAGCGAUAAUUAG